ACUGCAUGUGGCUGUGUCUGCUGAACAGUGGCACCAGUGUCCUCGCCGGGUUUGCAGUCUUCUCAGUGCUCGGCUUCAUGGCAAAAGAACAAGGUGUUUCUAUCUCAGAAGUGGCCGAGUCAGGACCGGGGCUGGCCUUUAUCGCGUACCCACAGGCCAUAGCGAUGAUGCCCCUCCCUCAGCUGUGGGCCAUCUGCUUCUUUAUGAUGCUCAUCCUUCUGGGACUGGACACUCAAUUCGUUGCCAUGGAGGUGAUCAUGACGUCCAUCAUAGACAUGUUUCCCGCGGUGAUGCGUCGGCCCAAGCGUCGCGAGCUCUUCCUCCUCCUCUUCUGCCUCACCUGCUUCGUCCUGCAGCUGGUCAUGAUCACUGAGGUGGCUGAGAUAAUGAGUGCCUUGGGCCUGUUGGACUGUGCCCACACCAGGACGAGUGCCUUGUCUGGGGGGCAGUGUAAGAGACUGGCCAUCGCUCUGGAGCUCGUCAACAACCCCCCUGUCAUGUUCUUUGACGAGCCCACCAGCGGCUUGGACAGUGUCUCGUGUCACCAGGUGGUGUCACUGAUGCGCUCUUUGGCUCAGGGAGGACGCACCAUCAUCUGCACCAUCCACCAGCCCAGCGCCAAACUGUUUGAGAUGUUUGACAAGCUCUAUAUCCUCAGUGAGGGCCAGUGUAUUUACAAAGGCUCGGUGCCGUACCUCAUCCCGUACCUGAAGACCCUGGGCCUGCAUUGUCCCACCUACCACAACCCCGCUGACUUCAUCAUUGAAGUGGCCUCUGGAGAGUAUGGGAACAUGAACCCGGUCCUGUUUGAAGCGGUUCAGAGCGGAUUGUGUGCUCUGAACGAGACGAAAAGCCUCAACCAAAACAAUGGACACCAGAUCUGUACCACGACCAACCACAAGAUGGAAAGCCAUACUUUUGCAACCAGCACUUUAAAACAGUUCUAUAUUCUGUUCAAAAGGACGUUUAUAACAAUAUGCAGAGAUCAGGUUUUGACCCACCUCAGGAUCAUUUCACACAUCCUGGUCGGUGUGGUAACAGGUUUACUGUAUCUCAAAAUUGGAAACGAUGCAAACAAAGUCUUAAACAACACCGGCUUCCUCUUCUUCUCGAUGCUCUUCCUCAUGUUUGGAGCGCUCAUGCCGACCGUCUUAACAUUCCCUCUGGAGAUGCCUGUGUUUUUGAGAGAACAUCUGAACUACUGGUACAGUUUAAAAGCGUACUGUCUGGCAAAAACCAUGGCGGACAUACCCUUUCAGGUGCUGUGCCCGGUCCUGUACUGCACUAUCGUGUACUGGAUGACGGAGCAGCCCCCCGAAGCCGCUCGGUUCCUGCUCUUCAUCGCUCUGUCCAUCUGCACGUCUCUGGUGGCACAGUCUCUGGGGCUGCUGGUCGGAGCCGCCUCCACCUCUCUGCAGGUUGCCACAUUUAUCGGUCCCGUCACUUCCGUCCCAGUGCUGCUCUUCUCCGGUUUCUUUGUCACCUUUGAUACGAUCCCCAAGUAUCUUCAGUGGAGCUCGUAUAUGUCUUACAUCAGGUAUGGUUUUGAGGGAGUGAUCCUGUCCAUCUACAGCAUGAACCGCUCGGAGCUGGAGUGUCCGGGGAAAGCGUGCCGGUUCCAGCAGCCAGAGGACGUCCUGCAGCUGAUGGACGUGCAGGACGCUAAGCUCUACCUGGACUUCAUCGUUCUGGGCAUCUUCUUCCUCAUCCUGCGUCUGGCCACGUACCUCGUCCUCCGCUACAAGAUCAAGGCUGAGAGAUAG